UAAAAACCCGGGAGACGAGCUCGAAUGGCGGACUCCCGAGACUCUCACCUCCUCUUCCUCGUUCUCGUUCUUUUCUCCUCCCUCUCAACUCUUAGGGGUUCGGGGUUCGUGGUCGAGUAGGAGAUGGAGAUGGAGGUCUCUAGGCCACUGAGGCUGAGAUGCUCGAUCCAGAACUACGAUUGGGGAAAGUUAGGCGAGGACUCGAGGGUCGCGAGACUGUUCUCCCGGAACUCUGGGGCGGAGAUCGACCCAGAGCGGCCCUACGCCGAGUUCUGGAUGGGGACGCAUGAGUCCGGGCCUUCCUUCUUGGCCCGGGGUGAGUCGGGGGGCCCUGACUCGGAGCCGCUGACCCUCAGGAAGUGGAUUCUGGAAAACCCUGACGUUCUUGGAGAGAAGGUCGUAGAGAGAUGGGGCAGUGAACUUCCCUUCUUGUUCAAGGUUUUAUCAGUGGCAAAAGCUUUGUCGAUACAAGCACACCCAGAUAAGGAAUUGGCGGGGAUGCUGCAUAAGAUGCGGCCGAGUAUUUAUAAGGAUCCUAAUCAGAAGCCGGAGAUGGCGAUUGCCCUUACCGACUUCAAGGCCCUCUGUGGGUUUGUCAGCAUUGAGGAGCUUAAGGAUGUGCUUGCAGGUGUACCAGAGAUUGUAGAGCUGGUUGGUGAUGAGGAUGCCAGCAAGGUUCUGAAUGCUAAAGAGCAAGAUGGAUAUGCGGAAGUAAAACCCAUUCUACAGUCAAUCUUCACUAAGCUUAUGUCAGCAAAUAAAGAGGCAGUUUCUGAAUUGGUAUCCAAAUUAAAAUGUCGUUUGAAUGUGGAAAAUAAGAUUAGGAAGUUGACAGAAAAGGAACAGCUAGUAUUGCUAUUAGAGCAGCAGUAUCCAGCUGAUGUUGGAGUUAUAUCCGCCUUCUUCUUUAAUUACGUGAAGCUUAGUCCUGGUGAAGCACUCUAUAUUGGAGCAAAUGAACCCCACGCCUAUAUUUCUGGUGACUGUAUUGAAUGCAUGGCCACAUCAGAUAAUGUUGUACGAGCUGGGCUAACACCUAAGUACAGGGACGUGCAGACACUUUGUUCUAUGCUGACAUAUAAACAGGGCUUUCCAGAAAUUUUACGAGGAACUCCUCUAAAUCAUUACAUUUCACGGUAUACCCCUCCAUUUGAUGAAUUUGAAGUUGAUUGCUGCUCACUUUUGCCACAAGAGUCUCUUGUGUUCCCAGCAUUAGCAGGCCCGUCUAUUUUUGUUGUUGUGGCUGGGGAGGGAAGAAUGCAGAUGGGUUCUGCAGUUGAUGAAGCAACGGUUAUGGAGGGCCAUGUAUAUUUUGUGCCUGCUAAUGGUGAGAUUGGGCUAACUGCUGGUACUGCUGGACCAUUGCAACUUUAUAGAGCUGGGGUGAAUAGUAGAGUUCUUUAAUUAAUAAUAAUCAAAGAUCUACUGCUACAAGUCUCAAAUAAAUAUCAGAAAGUUCUAAUGUUGUCUUCAGGAGCUGUUGGAGUUGUCCUUUUUCAGCUUUACGUCCAUAAUCAAUGUUUAUGCAUAAUGUGAGGUGUAAUAGAGACCAAUUGAGAUAUGUAUAGUUAAAUGAAAAAAGAAUUUCGUUUUUAUU